ACAACCACAACCACAACCACAACCACAACCACCAACCUUCAAUCUCCCCGCGCAGCCACCGCCAUCAUCACUGCUGCUGCCGCUCCGAGCCUGUCUGGCUGUCUGCUUUCGGUACCCCAGAAGCAGGACGCCGCCUGCUCUUGUUGCCAGCUGCCCUACUCUGCGAUCUAUGUUGCGAGGGGCCCGCCUGCCCGCCUGCCCGCCUGCCCGCCUGCCUGCCCGCCCGCCUGCCCGCCUUAAUAUCCCUCCUCGACACUCUGGCCCGCCUGCGCCUGUCGUCCUUUGCCUAUCGUCCCGACCACCAACCUUCUUUGGAACCCCAGCUCCUCAUCGGCCUCUCUGCUCUGAUCCGCAUCGUCAGCUUCGGUCAGGAAUCCGUCCACCACCGUUGUUCUGCGCCGGGCCCCGCUUGACGAUCGCGUCCCUGUUGCUCUGUUGCUCUUGGGUUUACCCUUUCGCGCUCUCCCUGCUCGCCUGCUGCAGACACAAGGCCCCAGGCCCCAGGCCCCAGGCCGCAAACUGCAGCAGAAGACGUACAGCAGCAAGCUGUGAGUUGGCACUGUCGCAGUUGUGUCGCAGCUCAGCCGCAAGCCCGUCGGGACGACUGGACUUCGACCGCUGCUCUCCAUAACCGUCGCCCGCUCACUCAUCUCCGCGCCAUCUGCCGUGCCCUCGGCUCCUGUCAUCAUAUCACCUGCCCCGUUGCUCAGUCUCUUGACCGCUCCAGGGUCUCGCACCUCACCGGCCGGCCUGCCGGCCCUUGAACGACGGGUGGUCUUCGUCUUGCCGAGCAGACUGACAAGCACUCACUCAAACCACUGACUGACUGACUGACUGACCGACCGACUGACCCACCGGCAGACAGUCUGUCCCUCUCACUGGCAAACACUUGCAUACCGGCCCGCCAGCAUCUCUCUCGGUGCGAGCUCUUCCUCCCAUGCGGACGGAACGAGCCGAGAUCUGUCAUUACCAGGACGGACCAGACCGCACGGAAACGACGUUGAGCCAUUUGUGCUGCACCCCUGGCCGCAUCACCAUCCGCGCCCGGGAUCUCUUAUUCGCGCCCCGACCGCGCUGCUUUGUCCUAGUCCCCCACCCUGCCACCUCAGGCCUCGUCUUGACUAUUCACGUGAGGUACCGGCCCCAGGCCGCCCAUCAUCGUCCGCCUCGCCUCACCCCGCCUGGCCUCUUUUGCAAGUCUCGGACGGUGCUCAGCUACAGCGGCGCUCGCCCGGCGCUUCCUUACCGGUCGUAAGGAUCGACUCCCAACUGCAGGCACUCAGGCACUCCCGACCCGCUCUGAUCUCCUCGUGUCUCCACAUCCGAGGCAACUCUUGCACAUGCAUUGUUGUCCGUGGGCUUGACCGGCUGGGUGGAAGCAACGACAAACCACGGAGCACCGUGUCAUACGCCCGCGUGAACACAGCCUAGACGGGCCCCAUGUGCCAGCGCCGCCUGCGAGUCCAAGCUCUGCCCUAGGCGCCAACCCAGCUUCCUGCCCCUCUGUCCGUCCCAGAGAGUCCUGUGCCACCUCGGCGGCUGUGGCGCUUUGUGUAAGGCCGACCGCCACGACAGGGCCGACCUCAGUGCGCGUACCUACAGGCCUACCUACACAUUUCUGCUUGCGAGGCAACUGCUCCAACCAACCUGAGACCCUUUGGCUGGACGGUCACCCAAACAAACAAGGAUCGAGCUAUUGAAAGCUCGUCCAACCUGCUUAUCUGAAGGAGUGGCUCUUCCGACUGCGUUCUCCGGCCUGGCUCGCGCCUCACAUCCUGGGCCGCUUCCGCUGUUCCCUGACAAGGCGCUCACCGUCUUGCACUUGUCAGACUCGGUCAGAAGAAUCAGGAGAACUAGGGCCGGGCACGGUGUGUCUUGGGAGAGCCAGUCGACUGGACGGUUCGCGGCAGACCUAGUGAGGUAGCUUGUACUCCUCUGUACCUUGCCGUGCUUGCAUCAGUCCCCCCCCCUGCACCUCCAUCUCGAUACAGCCACCCCCCGCCUGGUCACCACUUUCUGCACCGUCGCCCUUCAUUGCUGCAGUGGUCCACACUGUUCUGCCAAGGGUGCUCUGCUACCAUGGUGAUGGUCGUGCCGUAAGGAACCCCAGCUGCGUGGACACCUAAUUGCACCCCUUCUCCACCCCGGUAUCUCAAAUCAGUCGGCUUUUUCCUUCCCUCUCCUUGUCCGUGUCGAUUUGUGUUGAUCCUGCGCCCGUACUUGCGGCUCCUGGCUCUGGCAUUGCGACCAACGCCUCAAACAACUAGCAUUGCUGCUUGGCUCACUCACCGGGCUUAGGUUCCUUGCUUCGUGCACCCGGUACCUCUGACCGAAGUACUCAUACGUUUACUGUGUGUGGGCAUCUUCCCAACACACCCUCUCUGCAGUCAUGAGUGGCCAUCUCACCCAACGCCGCGUUCGUGGCUAUCUCGAUGAUACAUCGGAGCAAGCACUACAAGACCAAUCUCUGGCAUCUUCCUUCGGAGGGCCAGUCACAUAUUCUUUUCCACAUCAAUUCUAUUUCCCAGAACAACCAAACGCAACACUCAAUAACGCGGAACUUCUUCGCUUCCCGUACCCGGCCCUGCCAGAAUUCACCCAGCAAUACACCGAACAGGGCCAUAGUCACCAGCAGGCUUUCCAAGAACAGCAACAACAACAACAACAACCCCCGCCGCCCCCGCCCGCGCCUCGACAGCAACAACAACAACAACGACAGCAACAAGAGCACCAGCAGCAACACUAUCUCGAAACAGAUCACCGCCAGCACCCUCGAAAACGUCAGCGGGUUGAUUCGACAAAUAUGCCGAUACCGUCCUUUAUUUCCAGAUGCCUCCCGAACCACGUUGACGAUGAGAAGCCACCAGUCCUCGGGCCAUCUGACGGACAAGAUGAGAGCCAACAAUCUUGCAUGAGCGCGACUACCUCCUCUCUUCGCAGAUGCCUAGGAAUGGCUGGCAUGCGCCCGCCGUUCUCCGGCCUUGACACGACAGCAGCAUACCAUCCAAUCCCGUCGACAGCCCCGUAUGAGGGCGUGGUACCACGGGCAUACUCGUCCGAUUUGCUCUCACCAGGUCACAUCCCCGAGCAUCCCUUAGGCUCACACCACGACCCUCAGCACCCAUUGAUUUUUGGCACAGAUGAGUCAACACAUGCCACCCACCUGCAAGGCUAUCCCCCACUCCAGCCAACAAGUCACCUAAACAACCAGCCCACCACCAGCUCAGACACCAUGGUAUAUGCUGCCCAAGACACGAAUCACGGAUAUCUAAAGUCAGAAGCCAGUCCAACAUUCGUCAAGUCAGAAGGGACGGACCCCGGCUUUACAGUGUCUGGGUUUCACAGCAGUGCAGCACCGCUUCAUACGGCGGCAGAGAAUUCUUACACACAUUCUGGUCUUGCUAGGUCAGAGGAAAACUUCGUCCGCCAAGGUGUAGUUGGCUAUCAAGCACCGUUACCGCAGUACUCAUUCCUUCAUGGCUACAACCCAAUUGACGGGCUCAACGCCGAGCAAAUGGACCGCUUCCAGUUGGCCCAACAAGGCAGCGGGCUGGAGAUGGUCAUGCAAAAUCAAAAGCCUCCGAUCACGAAGCGAGGGCCUUUCAGGAACCAAGAGAAGAGGAAACAGACUGCGCACGUAAGAAAGAUUGGGAGUUGCAUACGAUGCCGCAUGCAACGUAUCAGAUGCGAAGCCAACACUGAUGCCCCUGACGAUCACGAUGCGCCGUGUGAUGGUUGCAGGAAGAUAGGCGCAAACUCCAAGAUCCACCGUCUUCCGUGCAAACGGUGGAAGAUCACCGAAGUCAGGCUCUUCAAGCCGGGCCAAGUGAAGGGACUGGAGUGGACAAGGCGUUGGAAGGACACCACGAUGGCGCCAGACAUCUGCCAGUGGGACUCUCCCGACGUCAAAAUCAUCAGGCUGACCGAGGGUUAUUCGGAUGGUGUUCAGCUGCGAGUCCGCCGAUUCGUCAAGCAGAGCGGCGACAGGUUACACCGUACCUGGUUCGAAAAUGGCGAGGAGCAGCGCUGGUACAUAGAACCGUACGCGCUGGUUGAUCUCGAAGGGGCGAGGGCGCAAUACGACAGCUACCUCAAGUCCGGGUUGAAUGGUAUGCUCAAGGCGCUGCUUGGGCCCAAGGAGAAGUUGCUCUGGAGGACGUAUGAACACGCGAUCCGCCGAUUGAGAAGGCCGGAGACGCCUACAGACGAAAAGGACCUCAUCUCCAAGACCCUCGACCUGUGGGCAGCUGUCCGCCUGACGACAAAAUCGUUCCAGAUCAUUGGGGAGGAGACGCUUGGUAUCCAACCGCUCAAAGGAAACGUCCCCAUCCCACCUGUCAUGGGAGCGCAGCUUGACUUCAUCCUCCUCAACCAGACGCUGCCGAAGCUGCGAAGGGAAACCUUGGAGUACUUGCAGAACAUGACGCAGGCGAAAAAGCAGAAGACUUGGCUGACGACGUACCUGGUCACGUUUAUUCUACUUCACAACGUGGCUCUUAUCACUGCUCAUGACCGCAGCUAUGCAAAGAAGCACGGCCUGAAGAGCAACUUUGCCAGGAAGGAUAUGGUCGAACAGUACCACUUGGGUGCGAAUAUUUUCCUGGCUUACUACCAUUAUUGCAACAAGGGAGUCUAUCCAUUCUCGACAGAAUGCAAGGAUUCUGACCUGCAGAACUUGGCCGAGCUGGACGAAGGGUCGAUCAAUUUCAUCAAGUACACGAGGAAAUAUGCCAAGGAGCACAAGGGUCAGUGGGACGAUCUGCAAGUGGCCAAGGACUACGGCAACGACUACUACUUCAUCAGACAGUUGUUCGAGCAGAACUGGACGCCGCAGUCAACAGCAGUUGACUAGGUGGGGAGAGUGUUUGGGGACAAGGGCGCGAAAGCCGCACAGCGCAAACGGCAGGGCUCCGAUCUACCCCUUCCACAGCCAUGUAUAGGUCUUCGGAGAAUUGGCACUGGCAAGCGAUGUGGGCCAUCCGCCUGCAGCACCUACAGGCCUGCAUGAAGAGCUCGCCUCGGAGGGGUGCUUCCAUGGAUUCUCAUCGGAACCCUGUCCCUUCUCGCCUACCGGGUGAAGGGCAGAGCUGCCCGGUGUGGGCCUACGGCUGCUCUUGCAGCCCUCACCCUAGCUCCCGCGUAGGACACGCACGAACACCCCCACCAACCAGCUACGUCAACGAUCCACACCGGUCGCAUGCCUCGCCUUUCACAGCGCCAAAAAAAACAAAAGGGGGGGGGGGUUCUUUCGACCAUCAAAAAUGCGCCCCCCUCCCCUCACAAGGGAAAAAAGCCGGGAGCGGUUGGGGAAGGCUAAAUGUAACAUGAUUGGGCGGGAUGAGGAGAUGGGCUGGCUUGCGUACCAAGUGCGUCUGUCUAGUCUUUGUCUGUUUUGAGGGGACUGCGUGCGUGUACUGUGGGUGGCCUGGGUUCCGUUUCAUGUUUUCAAUACCACGUUUCCGGUCCUUCCCAGUCCCCAAGGCGUGCAAAUUGCUUGUCUUGGGAGGCACGGUCACAGAAUGUCGAACGACUGGGUCCUAACAUGGCCCUCGAGUGUUGCUGCAGAGGGCAAGAUCCAUGUACUCUCGGUCCCCAGGCCGCUUUGUUGGCUGCUGGGCUGGCUGGCUGGCUGGGAUUGCCUGGGGAUUCUUGCAGUCUGUUCCAGCCUUGACGGUCAGAAACGGCUGGGGCGAGGACCGGGGAGCUGGCGCCUGAGGCAUUCGCAUUUACUACUAGGCGGGUGUGAAUCCGGCCUCGCAAGCUGUUCUAUGAACCCAGUUCCGUGUCCCGUGUUGAAUUGAUUCUGUGGUUGGCAUCCUGUUGCGAGGCAGACGGAACUACCUAGGUAGUGACUUGGCAACUCAAGGUUAGUCUUAGUCUGAAUUGGCAAAGGGAGCUCGGAUCGGAUCGAGGGUCAGUUUCGUCGAGGUGCGAGCUGCAUGCCUGCAUGUCCGUGAUGGCAAUGGCAGGCUUGUCGUCAAAUCGUAAGGCGCCAUCGGGGGUGGGGGGGAGUGGCAGGCUGAAGAUGCUUCUUUGUGAGUAAGCUCCGGCCGACAUUCCGAAAAUGGGAUGUGCGCCUCUUCAGCAGCGAGCAAGGCCGCGGCCGCCUCCCCACCCGUUGAGCUUGCCGGGGGCGGGUGAUCGGUCGUGGGCUAGGCUGCACCGUGCUGCAUACCCAGAUGGUCUGAUGUGCCCGGAGGAGACGCAAACUAAUGGGAGAGGGGAAAAGGCAGUGAGGAUGAAGAGGGACAGAGGCAAAGAAGCAGAGGAUUUUUUAUUUAUUUAUUUUUUCUAAAAAAAAAAAUAAGGAAGGGAAGGGAAAAGGGAAAGGGAAAAGGAAAAAAGAAAAGGGGGUGACUACAACGCCACCCUGCAGCCUUGGAGAAAACAGACUGCAACGGUCAAGGUUUUGUUUGGGCCGGACUAUUAUUUGCACACCUGAACAAACAGGCAAACCAACCAUUCAUGCACA